GGAGCCUCGCGCUCUGCUGGUGCCGCCGCCGCCGCCGCUGCCGUCAGUCGGGCUGACCUCGGUUCCUCAGCGCUCAGGUCCCUCGGCUCCAUCGUCGUUCCAGACCGUGCUGGGGGCUCAGAUCUUGCCAAGGAAAAUGUCUGAUGAGUUUUCGUUGGCAGAUGCACUACCUGAACACUCCCCUGCCAAGACCUCUGUGAGCAAUACAAAGCCUGCCCAAGCGCAAGGCUGGCCAGGUUCCAACCCUUGGAAUAACCCAAGUGCUCCACCUUCAGUGCCAUCUGGACUCCCGCCAAGUGCAGCCCCCUCUACCGUGCCUUUUGGACCAGCACCAACGGGAAUGUACCCCUCCGUGCCUCCCACUGGACCGCCUCCAGGACCCCCCGCCCCCUUUCCUCCCUCUGGACCAUCGUGCCCCCCACCUGGUGGUCCUUACCCAGCCCCAACUGUGCCAGGCCCUGGGCCCACAGGGCCAUAUCCUACACCAAAUAUGCCCUUUCCAGAGCUACCCAGACCAUAUGGUGCACCCACAGAUCCAGCCACAGCUGGCCCCUUAGGUCCAUGGGGAUCCAUGUCUUCUGGACCUUGGGCACCUGGAAUGGGAGGGCAGUAUCCUACCCCUAAUAUGCCAUAUCCAUCUCCAGGGCCAUAUCCCGCUCCUCCUCCCCAAGCACCAGGGGCGGCACCCCCUGUUCCCUGGGGCACUGUUCCACCAGGAGCCUGGGGACCGCCGGCACCAUAUCCUGCCCCUGCAGGGUCGUAUCCUGCACCAGGACUCUAUCCUUCUCCCAGUAAUCCUUUCCAAGUGCCUUCAGGACCUUCUGGUGCUCCACCGAUGCCGGGUGGCCCCCAUUCGUACCAUUAAGUUAACGAUGGAAGAAGAGAUGACGCUUUGCUUUUUGAAGUACAUACAUGUGCACAUGAAUGCGUAUAUGACAUUUGCUGGUUUCACUGUGAGAGGGCAUUCAUGAAAGAACAACUCUUGCACCUCUCAGAAGAUAUCUGCCUCCUGUACUUGGACGUGUAGUACAUCAGAUAAAAAUGGGAAAGCAGAUCAUUCAGAUGUGAUUUUGUUUGGUUUUCAUGCAAAGUUAAAGUGACUAAGUGUGUUGAAUAGAUCUUGGAUACAAUUUGUUUGAAUUAUAAAGCUAUACACAUAAAAUAUCUCAGAUGAUGUGAAUUAUUGUUAGAAUCUGCAACUUCAUUGGCAAAUUUCAAGUAUUUUUCUAUAAUCACUUUUCCCCCUAAGUAAACUUUGGAAAACAAUCACAUUAUAAUGUAAACAAAUGAUGCCUCUCAACAUUGUGAGCUGCUCUAACUACAGGAUAAAUAAACUUAGUCCUCUUGAGGUUAUGUAUUAGAUAUACAUUAUAAGACUGUAAGUGAUUAUUGUCAAAUGUUGAGUUCAUAGCCAACCAGUAUUCAUUUUUAUCUUUGAGCUUGUAGCACAAAUUUGUGAUUUAUUUUAAGCCAUAUGGGCUGUAAAGCACUAAAAUCUGGUGUUUAUGAAAAUUAACUUUGUCCUUAAUCCAGGUCAACAUGUAUCUAGAUUUUUAAGGAAUCAAUGAUUUUUUUGUAUUACUUUAGAAUGGAUUAUGAGACGUGAAUAUUGCUUUGGAAAGAGCUCAAGGACAGAAGUCGUUUUCUCCUUGUUUUGAACCUCAAAUUAGAUAAACCCUAGGAAUUGCUUCAUGGCAAAAAGUAAUUUUCAUUCCCACGCAAACUGAGGCAGCUUUUCUGUCCAGAUCAUUCGAUCUUUGUUCCUCCCUGGUCCCUCAGUUCUAUACAAGGAACACAUCCCUUGAUUCCUCCCUGACACGGAGAACUGGCACACUCUAGAUAAAGUCUGUCAUAAGAACAGAGCAGUUAUGUUUAGAGAAUCUGAAGUCGUACAGACACGACUGUUGUCUUUGUACAGGUGUGCAUUGGAAGUGUAUCCGUCUCUCAGAGUCUGGCUAAGCUAUGGCAUUGUCUCCUGCAUAGUUCCCUGGAUCUGCUUGUGAAGUGCUUACGGCCAGUCGUUCAGUUCUGUAUUUGUUGACUGGUACAUAAGUGAAAUUGAGUGCCAUCUUUGAAAAACAAAAUCUAGCUCUAACACUGAAAGUAAUAAAUUGUAGAUCCCUGCAAGUGACUUUAAAGCAGUGUUACUGUGUUGCUUAAAUAUUAACUAUUUAAUAUUUAAAUAUCAUACAGCAUUGGUCACUUUUUGACACCUUACCUUUAAAUCAAAUUCUUAGUUUUUGGAUAGACCUGACCUUAUUAAAUAGUGUUUUGAAAUUUUGAAUGUAUCCAUUGGGUUUCUAAAGUGUAAUGUGAAUUUUUCAGACCAAUGUAGAAAAUAUUUAUGCUUGAAUUCUGCUUUUGCCUAGAAAUAAAGUAUUCUGCAGCUUAAUUCUUUUAUAAUUAAAAUGUCAAGAAUGCCAAAUGCUGCCAAUUUAAUGUUUUGAAAGCUACCUCCUUUUAAGAAGUCAAGGUGGUCACUUUUGAGAGGCACAUGCGUUGUUUAACCCUUCCUUAUUUUAAGUAGAUAGUAGAUCCAGGCUUUUAGAAUUGACCAAAAAAAAAAAAAAAAAAACAAAAAACAACUAAUUUGUUCAGCAAUUUUCAGAUUAGGGAAUGUCAGACAACUCUUACAAAGUGGCAAAAGUGAUCUUUGUUUCUUUCACUUCUUCAUAAGGACAAGUGAUAGCUAUCUACAGUACUCUUAGACUCUUGUCAAAGUACUUUCCAAUAGACAAGGCAGGUGGCCAUAUCGUAUCUUACAUCAUUAGUCCAUACCAAAAUGUUAACUCUUGAAGGAUAGAAUGCUAGGGAAAAAGUGAGAUAGCAGCAAAGAUUUCUUUAUUUGUAGUUAUUUUGGCUGCCCUUCAUUGGGAUAAGUUGAUAACUCUGUCUUCAUAUGCGUUAAUGUAAUACUAGAGAGGAUAUAUAAAGAAAAGGUGACAGGUGUGUGUUGGGGGGUCCAAUUGUGGAGUCCAUUUGUGGGGAGAAAACAUUUUGCUAAAGGAUUUGAAGGGCUAUAAAUACAAGAUUGGAGAUCACUACUCCCAACAACAGAAUAAAUUUGCUAGUGACCCAUACUGCCCUGUGUGUCCUAGAUGUUAACUGCCAUUUGAAUGAACCCUUUGCUUUCAAAGACUUUACAACUGGUAUUUGGUAGUUUUGUGUUUUUGUUUUGUUUUUAGUGUAAGAGUAGAAAUCAAAGGGAUGAUAGAAUUCACUUUGAUUCACUUUUUAGUUUUGUGGGACACACACCAUUUCUUCAGUUUGCUGGGGUCUGGGAGUGGAAGCAGGGAAUUUCUCAAUUGUGGGUGCUGUGGGCCAAAAGUGUUUUUGGGUUCAGUGUGGAAUUAAGAAAAGCAGAAAUUUCAGUGAAUAAAUGAGGGGAAAGCAUCUAGGAAGAAUCCCCACCCCCACCCC